GGCUGACGAUAGCCUUCUUCUCUCUGUCGGGUCUGGAUGUUCUGGGCGCUCUGGAUGUUGUGGACAGACACAGUCUGAUCGAGUGGAUUUACUCUCUGCAGAUCCUGCCCACCGCUGACCAGUCGAAUCUCCAGCGCUGUGGCUUCAGAGGAUCUUCCCACAUUGGUGUUCCCUACAGCUCGUCUAAGGGCCCCGGGGCUCCUCACCCCUAUGACAGUGGGCACGUGACCAUGACCUACACCGGGCUGGCGUGUCUGCUGAUCUUGGGUGAUGAUCUGGGCCGUGUGGAUCGGGCCGCGUGUGUGUCGGGGCUGCGUGCGCUGCAGCUGGAGGACGGCAGCUUCUACGCCGUGCCCGAGGGCAGCGAGAACGACAUGCGCUUCGUCUACUGCGCCGCCUGCAUCUGCUUCAUGCUGGACGACUGGAGCGGGAUGGACCGGCAGAAGACCAUCGACUACAUCCGCAGGAGCACAUCGUUUGACUUCGGUAUCGGGCAGGGCGCCGGCCUGGAGUCUCACGGUGGCUCCACCUUCUGUGCCGUGGCGUCGCUGUGCAUGAUGGGAAAGCUGCAGGAGGUGUUCAGCGAGCGUGAGCUGGGUCGUCUGCGCCGCUGGUGUGUGCUCCGACAGCAGAACGGCUUCCAGGGACGACCCAACAAACCUGUGGACACCUGCUACUCCUUCUGGGUCGGGGCCACGCUGCAGCUGUUGGAUGUGUUCCAGUACACAAACUUUGAGAAGAACCGGAACUAUAUUCUGUCCACUCAGGACCGGCUGGUGGGCGGCUUCGCUAAAUGGCCCGACAGUCACCCAGACCCUCUCCACACCUACUUCGGCAUCUGUGGUCUGUCCCUGAUGGGUGAAGCGGGUCUGCAGCCGGUGCACGCGGCGCUCAACAUCAGCCUGCGGGCGUCCGACAGUCUGCGGCGGCUGCACGAGUGCUGGAGGCGGAGCCGCACGUGACCCCUGACCCCUGCGCUGUCCAGCUCUGAUACCUCACAGUCACACACACACCCAGCAUGAUGAAUUAUUGAUCACGCCAGCGCCCUCCGCCACUGCAGGAUCAGCUUCAUCAUCAUCAUCAUCAUCAGUGCUGGACUCUGCCUUACAGACGCACACGCCGACGCCACCUACAGUCCAGCGCAGUGUUUGCACUCUAUAGCUGUGCUCUACUGUACACACACACACACACACACAGGCGCGGCCGCAGAGUGUUUCUGUCCUGUUGAGUGUGUGUUCCUGCAGUGUCCUCUUCAUGUGCCUCAGAUCUCUUGCAGAUGCAGAUAUAAUGAACACACACACACACACACACACACCACAUCUACACUGAAGACAUGCGAGUGUGUGUCGAGGAUCAGAUAAUGGACGUAUUUGUACUAUAACGUGAAGCGCAGCGGUGACGGCGACACGGCUCGUCUGUCAUCAUGUGUGAGGAGUGAGACUAUGCUGGAGCCGUGUGUGUGUGUGUGUGUGUGUGUGUGUGUGUGUGUGUGUGUGUGUGUAAUAGCAGCUAAUAAAGCAGAGUGAG